AUGGAGUCUCUUACACUUAUGAGUUUUGUCGCAAUUCUAAGAGAAACCCUAAAAAUCUUCUCCAAGAAUGGAAGGCUUAUGGCCUUGAUUGCCCUUCUCAUCAUCCUCAUCAAGUCUUCUCUCUUCGUGUCCAACAUCUUCUCCAUCAAGCCUGUGAUCACCGACUACUUCUUCGAGAGAAACGUCCUCCUCCCCUUUUCCACCCCUAACACCCCAGAAUUCAACAAAAUUCUCACCCACAUUAGAAAAGACAUCAAAAUCAUUUUUGGGAUUGAAAUCAUUUACGUUAUUAUUGACUCCGUUGCCUUCAUACUCUCCAUAACUGCAACGAUUCUUGUCGCCGCCAUAACCCACGGCGGCAAGAACGAUGACUUAUCGUUCAAAGAUGUGAUGUUGAAAACCGUUAGAUCAUGGACAAGGCCACUUAUUACUUGCAACAAUCCAUCUAUUUUAACUGUUGCUGCUAUUUUAAUGGGUGUUUCGGCUGUAGUUUUCUACAUAUACCUCUCAGUGACAUGGUUUCUAGCCAUUGUUGUUUCAGUUGCUGAACAAAAGAGAGGACUUGAGGCAAUAGGAAAGGCUGCAGAGAUUGUCAAGGACAUGAAGCUACAAGGGUUUCUACUGAAUCUUGCUUUCAGUAUUUCAAGUGUGAUUUUCGUUCAAGGGAUAGAGAUGAUUCCAGUGUCUCAUUCAUUAGUAGCUAGAACAAUUAUUCUAUUGGUUGAGAUGAAUUGUGCAAUCGUGGUGAGGAUGUAUUGGUUCUCUUCGUUCACUGUGUUCUACUAUCGUUGCAAGAAGACACAUGGAGAAGGAGUUGAAUUGGAAGGAGUGAGCUCAGAUGGAUAUAGUAAGAUUCCUGCUACUGCUGCUCCUCUUGUUGGAGAUAAUAUACCAUGA